AUGCAAGCUUCGCUACAAGCAUCUCAAACAUCACAUAAUGUUAUUGUGCAUCCGAAUGGUCUUGGUGUUAUACCACAACAAUGUAUACUCUAUAGUGACAAUGGUAAUAUUGGAGAUGGCCAUACGAUUUGUGGAAUAUCAUCCGAAAAGAAUAUCAAUACACUAAUACCUAAUGGUUAUUCAAUCAGACAAAUUAUUAAUAGUACACGGCUCGAUACACUAGUUAGUCAGAAUAUCGAUGUCAUGAAGAUCGAUGUGGAAGGAUCUGAAUUAUAUGCAGUACAAAGUGGUAAUCAUUUAUUCGAUAACUAUCAUGUUCAUAAUAUUAUAUCAGAAUUUAGUCCUCGAAUGAUGCGAGAUAAGAAGUCUGAUCCAUAUGAAUAUCUUAAUUUUUUCGUCUCUCGUGGAUAUAAUAUUCGUAUGGUCAACGAUCAGUUAGCUAGUUUAUAUGAACAAAAUACUUGGGAAACAGUAACAGUUUAUAAAUCUGAACAAGAUCUACGAAGAUUAUGUGAUGGCAGCGGAGAGAUGGAUCAACUUCUUGAUGCCUCUCAAAGUGCUCCUCAAAAUACUCGUCAGACUCUUGGGCAUGAUAGUAUUCAAAGCCUUGGUCUUGAUCUACUUCCAAGACUUGUUCGAAUUUUUGCUCAAACUCUUGCUCAAAGUGAUAUUGCUAGUCUUGGUGAUACUCUUGCUCUGCUACUUACUCAACUUCUCAAUACUAUUAACAAUCUUGGUCUUGAUCUUGGUGUUAGUGGUGUUCUGGCUCCUAGUCUUAGUGCAGAUUUUGAAUGCUCAUUAAAAUGCUGUUCUGCUGGUAAAGAUGGUGAUUGUGAUAAUCCUGGUAAUAGUUGUGCUCUUAAUGGUGAUGGUUCUAAUUGUUGUUCUGGUUAUACUUGUGGUCUUUAUGUUUAUGUUCCAACGACUGACUAUGGAAGAAGGAAUCAACCUCGACAAAUCAAACAACUCGGGGCUGAUUAA